UACGAGAAGAAUAACUGUCAUCUAAAAUACUCAAAACCAUUUGAAGUUUUUUCUUUUUUUCUGUUUGCAUGGAACUGCUUUACCUUUGUGUUCAAUUUUCUGGAAUGAAUGAAAACGUUCUUUCGAUAGGAUGAUUUUUGCUGCGCAUGCAUAAAGUUGUGUGACGUCAAUAAAAAUUAACGUGUAUGACGUCAUACCUUUCACAAGAUGCCCAUCAAUGGCCUUUCUCUGUUCUGCAAUAUUAAUGUGUUUUCAAGGUAUCAGCUCCGUGGCUGCCAGGCGAAGUUACUCUUCGAAUAAGCGUAAGACAGUUAAGGACAAGAUGGGCUCUCAGAAGAUAGAUCCACGAAAUAAAGUUAAACUGCCACUACAAAGAAAAGGAUACAAGAUUAGAGAACAAUACGAGAGCAAACAGGCUUCCUUAAGGCGUAAAAAGAGAGAAGCAAUGGCAAAAAAACGUAAAAAAUCACCUCAGCUACUCCUUCAAGAAAACACAGCUAAGCUCAGGGAAACUUUAAUGAAAACUGCAGGGAAUGCUAUGAAGCGAUCCAACGCCAUUGUCAAUACUAACCACGGAUCUAUCAACAAAAAUACAAAUCUGAACAAGUCGCCCAAUAAGGCAAAAAUCAUUCAUGAUCCUACUAAAAAUCAAGACUCUCCGAAAUUGAAUGAUCGUCGUCGGCAACUUGUGAACAUCGUAAAAACUGACGAACCAAACAAAUGCAGCCCAAAAACGCUGACCAAAAAUGACCCUGCGGUCAACGUUGCAGAGAAAAUUAAACUACCUAAACGCAAGAUUUCACAGACAAAUGUGUUUUCAUCCAAAGCUGAGGCCCAACCUCCGGUAUCUCGAAAUCCUCUUGUGAAGUACCCGUCCAUUUGUUCUAAAGGUCCCGGUGUAGCUGCUUUAAGGCAACGUUAUAUAAAUUUGCAAACACUCCGUAAGGUAGAGAAGAGAAAGAUGCCAUUACCUUCUUCUCGAUCUGAUGGAAGCGUGGCAGAAUUAUCUCGUUCUAUUGAAGAUAAGCUUUUCAAAGAAACAGAACUCGCUCCAACUCUCUUUCCGAGGUUUGACAAGCCAAAGAAAACCGCUGUUGUUGGUCAAAUAAAAGCAGAUGGAACAUCGAGAGUAGUGAAACCAAUUCCUCAACGCUCACACUCUAUGGGUAGCUUUAAUUAUGAUCCUGUUAUGUUUGAGAAUUUUUUCAAACAUUGACCAUCAAUGAAUUUCACUGAAAAAAAUUGAUCAUGUCUUGGUUAUUUUAUUGAGGAAGUAUAAGUAAAAAGCUCAUUGAUUUCUGUUAGAACAAGAAUAAUAGAAGUAAGACUUAAAGUUUGAAAUAGAUGAAAGACGCCAGAGUGAGUACUGUGAUUAGUGGACUACAUGAGAACUUAUGUUUUUAUUUCAGAUUUCUUUUAUCAAAGACACUAAUUAAAGACACUAAACAAUA